UGAUCUCAGAUAGAGCUCACAUUGUGUUCGAUUUCCACCAGGCUGUGGAUAGGAUCCAGGAGCAGCAGCGUCAGCAGCAGGAUGGCAAGAACCUGGGCCACUGUGGGGAGCAUCCAGUCUGGCUGCAACCUGGUGGAUAGGAGGAGCUCCCACCACUACCCAGCUUUGACUCUGUUUCCCUGGCAGCCUGGGCACCACCAAGAAGGGCAUUGGCCCUGUCUAUGCCUGCAAGGCUUCCCGCACCGGCCUGCGCAUCUGUGACCUGCUGGCCGACUUCCACGAGUUCUCCAAGAAGUGAGUUGAGGGGGAGGGAAAGGCGGGAGGAAUCCUUUCACAAAGAUGCCCAGGGCCCCCCUGGGAUCCAUUCAUGCCUCCCAGCCCUGGGGCCUUCUCAGGGUGCCCUGCCCCUGCCCUGGGAAUCUGUUCACACAUCACACCCCAUGUGACAGUGCAGAGCUUGGGCGUCUGUGACUCCAGGUAGUGCAGUAGUGUUUAGGGGUGCCCUUGUGGGAUCACUGGUCCACAUCCCUAUCUCUCAGGUUCAGGUUGCUAGCCCAGCAGUACAAAGCCAUGUACCCAGCUCUCACCAUCAACACAGAGGCCGAGCUGCAACAGCUGAAGCUCUAUGCUGAAAGGAUCCAGCCCCUGGUGAAGGAUGGUGUCUAUUUCAUGCACCAGGCCCUGCACAGGCCCCCCAAGAAGAUCCUGGUGGAAGGAGCCAAUGCUGCACUGCUGGAUAUCGACUUCGGGACAUACCCAUUCGUGACAUCCUCGAACUGCACAGUGAGAGGCAUCUGCACAGGCCUGGGCAUCCCAUCUUGCCACAUCGGGAAGGUGUAUGGGGUUGUGAAGGCCUACACCACCCGAGUGGGUGUUGGAACCUUCCCCACCGAGCAGAACAAUGAGAUUGGGGAACUGCUGCAGUCACGAGGCCAAGAAUUUGGCGUCACUACAGGCCGCAAAUGCCGCUGCGGGUGGCUAGACUUGAUGCUGGUGAGAUACGCUCAUAUGAUCAACGGAUUCACCAUCCUGGCGCUCACCAAGCUGGAUAUUCUGGACACCUUCCCGGAUAUUAAGGUGGGUGUGGAAUACCGGUUGGAGGGGAAACUCAUCGCCUACUUCCCAGUGAACCAGGAGCUGCUGAACAAGGUGUCGGUGGGCUACGAGACACUGCCAGGCUGGCAGUGCAGCACAGAGCAGGCCCGCAGCUUUGCCGACUUGCCUCCGCAAGCCCAGAGCUAUGUCCACUUCAUCGAGCGCUACCUUGAGGUGCCAGUGAAGUGGGUCGGUAUCGGGAAGUUCCGCGACUCCAUCAUCAAGAUUUUCUGAGCCUCCCUGGCCGUCCGUCAGUUGCAGGGGCUCUGCCCCAGGACAACCCCUGACACACAGACCAUCAGCAAAGGAUCACAGGGACCACAUGCCUCUCACUCUGCCCUGCACCCCCCUGUGCUUUGGGGAACUCCACCGCUCCUGGGAGAGAGUGAAUUGUAAUUUCACUCUGCCCCCUUCACCCGCCAGUGCUCCCCAUGCUGGGAAGCCCCAGCCGGCAGUUUACAGGCUGAAUGCCACACUCUGCUCCCCCAUGCUGGAGGCCGGACUGUGCGGCUCCCCUCCCCCUCACUCCAGGACUGUGCUAGGCGGACUGUGCUCGCUCCGCGUUGGGGGGCCCCAGCCCAAACCCAGCUCCUGAUCCACCUGUCACUCCUGCCCCCCAUGGGGGCAAAGAUCACCUGCCCUCCCCCCCGGGCACCCCUGUUUCUUCUCCCCCAUGCCUGGAUCUCCCUGUUCUGCCCCCUGCUGUGGGCAGUCUCUCAGCUGCUUUUUCACUGUAUAGAAAUAGAUAUAAAGAGCCAUGAAUUAUUUUCA